AAUAGUUACAGAUAAAUAAAAUAUAUAUAUACAAGAGAUUGCAACAAAUGAAAAGAAACUGCACAUAAAUUAUUGUGAGUGCAAUAAAGCGUAAACAGUAAAAGAAAAAGAAAUUAAUAUACAUAUAUAAAAAGUUACAUUUAAAACCUCAUCGCAUUGAAAUUGAAAUUGAAAUCGGAAUCGACAUCAAAACGUUGGAGUGUGUUGAUGAUUCGGCUUAUUUGUGGCAAGCAGCAGCAAUAGCAACAGCAAUCGGAGUGGCAUCAUCCAAUUGACAGCAGUUGGCAGUUGUUAUUUGUGUUUCACGGAUGAACAGAUUGAGCCGGCUUUCGAGAAUACAGAGCACAGCACAUCCAUACGAGACAUCCAUCUAGAGAGAUAGAGAGAGUGUGCAUAGAAGGUACUUGAUGACCCUCUGAAUUGUUGCCAGAGACUUCUUCUUCUUCUUCGUCUUCUUCGAUGUCACUUGCUUCAAGGAUAUCGCUGGCAAGCAGUGUUAAGCGAGGCAGCGACGCUGGCAGAGGCAGCUUGAGUGGAAGCGGCAGCUGCACUGAAAUUAACGUCACUCAACGCAAUGCCAACAUACGAAGUCUGUUUGCGCCCUCGCCGGCAUCUUUGGCCCAGCGGAAGGCGGCGAGACAGCGCAGCCAGAGCAGCGUUUGCCUGGAGCGGCAGCAAUCGAAGCCGGAGUUGGAGCAGGAGCAGGAACAGAAGCUGGAGACUGCUGACCUGCUGAUGAGCAGCAGCAAGCUGAGACGUUCCAUGGGACAAAUUGCGGGCUACAAUGGGUAUAAUGCGAGCUUGAACAAUGGCGAUUAUCAGGGAGAGCAGAACAUACGCCUGGGGAGCAAUAGACCAGCAGCAACAGCAACCGGAGCAGGCAUAAAUCAAUUGCCAAUGACUAGGAAUCAAUCAGCAAUGAAACAAUACAAUGGCGUUAACUGCAAUUCAAUGGGCCAUGACUGGCGCUCAGACAAUGCGAUGGACAAUUGGAAUGAGAAUGGGAAUCAGAAUGGAAAUGGGCAUGAGUAUGGCAUGGAGUCAGAGUAUGGCUUUAGCAAAAGGGACAACAGUGCAGUGCAAUUGGCCACAGGACAGCAACAGCAAGAGAAGUGCGUUGAAGCGACGCCUCGUCGCCCAUCGCUAUCCUGGCACGAGCGAAAGAACUGGCUGGGUGCAGCGAGUCACUCGGAAAAUUCUAUUAACAGCAGCAUGGAAAAACAGAAGCAGCAACAGCCGCAGGAGCUGCUGGAGCUUAAGUUGGCUGGAUUCAUGCGAAACAGCAGCAACAGCAGCAACAACAACAUUGUUGACUAUGGUAAUGAAAUGACCUGGGGCAGUGCAACAGAGAAAUCUCAGACAUUGAAUCACCUGGAAGUACUCCAGGAUUCGCCAGCCGCCAAAGCAGACCAAAAGCCAGCAAUGUUCAUGUAUUCUGCAGCUGCAGCUCCGGCUUACAAUUACUAUGAGCACGAGGACGAUGAUGAUAAUGGGGAUGCAGAGGCGGAUGCGGAUGAGGUUGAUAAGUUGCAGCAGCGUCAAAGUGUGCACAGCGAAAGCUGUGCGCAGUCUGCGCCGCUUGCGGAGCGCCUGCAGCGAUUCCGGGAGCGACAGCAGCGUUACAACAUCAGCGCUGAUAUCAGCAACGACGACGACAACUUCAAGUUAUCAGCUGAACAAAUAGACGUAACCGUUGCCAAUUUACAUAGGCAGCAGCAGCAGAACAACAACAAUAACAAUAACAAUUGGCAAACCGCAGCUUGGCAUUCGAUUGGUGUCAGUGCUGCGUCUGCAGUUGAUGCCGCCGCAUCGCGAUAUUCGAGUGACGCGUUAGAACAGUCGCAGCCACAGUCGCUGUUGCUGCCACAGCCGAGCGACGGUAGUGAAGCGGCAUCGGGGGCAUCUGGGGCGUCUGGACCGCGACGACGUGUGCUCAUCAAGCGUCGCAUUGUGCGCUCGACACGCGUCCGUUCGCCUUCAGCCGGCAAGCAUCCUGAGGAGGAGUUGAAGCCACGCGAACGUCAACAGCCAAAUACUCGACUCGGCUGGCUAUCAAGGCUGCGGAAUUUCAGUUUCCGAGAGCCAAACACAGCACAGACUCAACAUCAAAUAGAGAAGAGCAAGAGGAAAGCCAAUUCCCCCCUCGAUUCCCCCCUUGAUUCCCAUACUAAUCCCAUUAUGGCCGUCCUGCGUACUAUGAAGCUUAAAGAGCGCCUGGCUAUUAGCCUCGGUGCAACGCUCGUGCUGCUCACUCUGCUCCUCAUUGUCGAUGUGCAAAUGGAUUUCGGUGUGGCGAAUCGCCAUCUGCUGCAGCAGCAACAUCAAAAGCUACGCUUCGGCAACACCAACAACGACUACAACGAGUUGGGAACAGGCAACACAGCAGGUGGAGGAGGCGGAGGCGGUGGCAUGUUGCACGAGUUCAAACGCAAGUUCCUGCAGAAGAGCAACUCUUCUGGCUCCAAGGAGGCGUCCACUCAGGCCCAAGCAUCGGGCAGUCAAAAUGGCGGUGGCGGUGGCACAACCAGCGGCCAAGAAGCUGUCGUCGCUGGCUCAACGCUCUCGACGCGGAAGCCAACGCCACACGAUCGCUACAUCGAUCUGCAGAAGCUGCUGCUCAGCGAUGAAUAUCUGCACGUCAUUGUGGACAAUGCUCCAGAUGUGUCCGUCAACAAUCCGACGCUGGGCGAGAUGCUGCAUCGACAAGUGGGAGCAAACGCCAGCAAUUUGGAGCGAUUCCAAUUGCGCAUUACCAAGAAGGAGCUCUACAGCGAACAGGAUACACUGGUCGAUGCGGUGCUACGUGACAUGAUCAAGCUGCCAAUCGAGCAUGUGGUGCAAAAGGAGGGCGGAACACAACUGAAACUGAUCAUCGAGUAUCCGAAUGACAUCAAGGCUCUAAUGAAGCCAAUGCGGUUUCCGCGGGACCAGCAAACGUUGCCCAAUCACUUCUACUUCACAGACUACGAGCGUCACAAUGCCGAGAUUGCAGCCUUCCAUUUGGACAGAGUUCUUGGAUUUCGUCGCGCCAUGCCUGUGGCAGGUCGGACGCUGAACAUUACGACCGAAAUAUAUCAAAAGGCCGACGAAAAUUUAUUGAAGACAUUCUUUGUCUCGCCAUCGCUUAAUUUAUGCUUCCAUGGCAAGUGCUCGUACUAUUGUGACACCUCGCAUGCCAUUUGCGGCAAUCCGGACAUGCUCGAGGGCUCAUUUGCCGCCUUUCUGCCCAGCCUGGACUCAUCGAAUCGCAAGCUCUGGCGGCAUCCUUGGCGACGCUCCUAUCACAAACGCAAGAAGGCUCAAUGGGAGACAGAUGCCAAUUAUUGUGCUCUGGUACGCGAUAUUCCGCCCUACGAUGAGGGUCGACGUCUGCUGGACCUUAUGGAUAUGGCUGUGUUUGAUUUUCUCACCGGUAACAUGGAUCGCCAUCAUUACGAGACAUUCAAAAUCUAUGGCAACGAGACCUUCCCCCUCCACUUGGACCACGGUCGUGGCUUUGGCCGUCCCUUCCACGAUGAGCUCUCCAUUCUGGCGCCUGUUCUGCAAUGCUGCCUGAUACGCAAGACGACGCUCACCAAGCUGCUGGAAUUCCACAAUGGACCCAAGCCGCUCUCACAGGUAAUGGGCGAAUCGCUGAGCAAUGAUCCAGUCAGCCCGGUGCUGUGGCAACCGCAUCUCGAGGCGCUCGAUCGACGAGUUGGCAUCAUACUGCAAAGCAUACGGGAUUGCAUCAAGCGGAAUCCGCCCGGCGAACUCGAUGCAUCCGAGACGGAUUUGUCGUCAUAGCGCUAAGCACAGAGUUUAGAGUCUAAAGUUAGCUAUUAGUUGAGUGUGUCUUGUGUACUGUCUAGAAGUAAGCGUUGACGAAGACCUUUGUAAAAGGUCGCGCUGCCCAGCGAUAUCCUUGCACAUACCAAAAACAGAAAACAGAAAAGAAAGCGAAGCAUGGAAAACAAUAAGGGAAACAAGCAAACAAAUCAUUGUUGUACUAUAUCUUGUGUGCAUUUUCUUCUGAGCAGCUAAAAAUCGUGUAGUUAGAACAAUAAUCUACUCACCUACACACACACACACUUACACACACGACAGUGGGUGCCAAAAGCAGAACUUGAAUUGAUACAAAAAAAGUGUAAACUAAAAAACUAAAUCAUGCAUUGCACUCGAGUGAAACUUCUUCAAAAGACUAUAUAACAAAAAAACAACUAUUUGCUAAAUAUUUAUUUAUAAUUGUUUCAUACAUUUUACAACAAAACAACAACAAACAUGUAUAUUUAUAAUAUGUAAAUUUAAUGCAUAAUACUUCCCUUCCCUUCCCUUAACCCUUCCCCACAACCCUCAAGUUGCAAAUUUAGUUGAUAAGAGAUACUAAACUAUAUCGAUCGAUAUCAGACGUGUAGCUUUAUCAGAAUGCGUACCACGGCACUCUUCCUGAGAGUUGAGAGUCAUGUUGUGUUUAUUAUUUGUCUUAUUAGUUAGUUGAAUUAGUUCCAGCGUGAAAAAGAUGUACUUCAAGAGUUAUCAAACUACUGUUAACAAUUACCAUUAAUUACUAUAGUUAAUUUCGUUUCGUUUUUACAAAGUAAUGUACAUUUUUGAAUCGUACCUAAUGUAGUUGAAUCUGACGCAAUGCCACGCAUUGCACUUUGUUUGUUGGCCAAUCACAGAGAGAGAGCAUACUAUAAAAAACAUAAAACAAUGUAACAAAGCAAAAACAAAAACAAAAACAAUAACAUACACAAAAACAAAAACAAAAUGCAAAAAUGUUAGAAGUAGCAACAAUUUUAGUGAAAAUUUCAGAAACAUUGAAUAAAAAAUACCAAAGAAAUGCAAC